AAGAGAGCAAUACGUGAAUGUCAAAGUACCUGUAAAAUGUGUAUCUGGCUAUCGCUCAAGAAUGUUGCCCCAGAAAUGUUUCACUUAUGACCUGUGAUGUGUAUGUCAACUUGGCUGAGCCACUGGAUGCCCAGAUAGUUGGUCAAAUAUUAUUCUGGGUGUUUCUGUGAGGGUGUUUUGGGGUGAGAUUAACAUUUAAAUCAGAGGACUUGAGCAAAUCAGAUUGCUGUUCACAAUGUGGCUAGGCCUUAUCUUGUCAGUUGAAAGCCUGAAUAGAACCAAAGGCUGACCCUCCCCCAAGCAAGAGAGAAUUCCACCUUCCAACGGAAACUCCUUCUGCCUGGUGGCCUUCAAACUGAGACAGCAGCUCUUACUGCUCUACAGCAGCUUUGGGCCUUCAGACUCACACUGGGACGUCAGCUUUUCAGAUUUCGGACUUGCCAGCCUCCUCUAUAAUCAUUCACCUGCAGGCCCCAAAUGAAGAGGACGCCCCAGGAUUGCCCGUCCAGACUGCCAGAAAACACUGCCGUGAAGCAGCAGCAGCUGCCGGCCUGCCGGCUACAGCUCUCAGCCACCGGAAUCCUCUCUGGCUUUUUUGCCACAGGAGUGUUCUGCCUUGGCAUGGGUGUCAUCCUUAUAUUGUCUGCCAAGAGCAGCACGGAAACAGAGAUUAAUUACACAAAAAUAUGUGCCAGCUGUGCAAAACUGCGGGAAAAUGCCAGGAAUUUCGACAAAGAGUGCACCUGCUCUAUCCCCUUUCACCUUACACAGACAAUGCGGGGUAAUGUUUAUAUGUACUACAAAUUGUAUGGCUUCUAUCAGAACCUCCAUGGAUAUCUUCUAUCCAGAAGUAAUAGCCAGCUGUUGGGUACAGAUGUAAAGGAUGUUGAAACAUGUGCUCCAUUCAGCAAGUCCCACGAUGGAACCCCCAUUGCUCCAUGUGGUGCUAUUGCCAACAGCCUCUUCAAUGACACCAUUAUUCUUUCAUACAAGCUUAAUUCAUCUGUGCACAUCCAAGUCCCCAUGCUAAGGAGUGGGAUUACGUGGUGGACAGAUAAGUAUGUCAAGUUCCGGAAUCCAAGUUCCAGUAAUCUUUCUAGUGCGUUUGCAGGAACCACUAAGCCCCCAUCCUGGCCUAAGCCUGUCUAUGAGCUGGAUGAAAACGAUCCAGGAAACAACGGCUUCCUUAACGACGACUUCAUCGUGUGGAUGCGGACGGCUGCCUUCCCCACUUUCAAAAAGCUGUACCGUCGACUCAGUCGAACACAGCAUUUUAUUGAAGGUUUGCCCGCUGGUAAUUAUAGUUUCAACGUAAGCUACAACUUUCCAGUAACCAGGUUCCAAGGAGAAAAAUCAGUUGUUCUUUCCACCCUGACAUGGAGUGGAGGCCACAGCCUUUUCUUAGGUCUCGCCUACACAGUGACAGGAGCCAUGACAUGGUUGGCUGCCUUUUCCAUGAUGGCAGUUCACUUGAAGCUGAAAGGAAAACGUUUUUCCCCCGACGAUAAAGUCAAGCUUUAAGAAGAAAAGCAGAAAACACAGAAAUGGACAGUGAAGUAAA